GUGUGGGCAUUUCAGCAGGGAUCUGCAGUCUCUCCCCUGCCCUAUUCUUGGCUUUCCUCACUCCUGUUGCUCUCCUUCGCCAUCAUACGUACAUUUUCUGCAAUGCUUCAAAACAGGCAGCUUUGAAAUUCCAAUCACCUUUUCAUUUUAACUUUUUUUCAAACUUUUUCUGACAAAUUCAACCUGUGGAUUAUAUUGGGAAAAAUAAGGGGCACUACCUUCAUUGAUACGGUCACAAUUUCCUUAAUCAGUGGAUUCCAAUUCGAUUUGAAAGACAUUGCUAACCUCUUGGAAAAAAAAGCUUUGCAAACGACAUACUUGAAAUUAAGUUUUCAUAUCAACAUGCCUGAAGCAGCCCCUGAAGGUGCAGCGGUGGAGUCCAUCUCAGCUGCUGUAGCCGAUGGGCUGAAUGGGAACGUGGUGCCCCCAUCAUCCCCUCCUAAGGCCCAAGGGUUUGGAAUACUCAAGAAACUAACCUUUUCUGUAGAGUUAGUGGUGACUAUUAGCCUCCUUCUCUCCUGGAUUACUGCAGGCUUCAUGAUGUUUGAUGUUGUAGAAUAUAAAGGGGUCACUGACAUUCAAGAUGUAGUUUUGGAUCCCAUGAAAGCUGUUAAUGAUGCUGUAGAGGGAAUGUCCAACAUGUUCUAUGAGGCUCAAGAAUGUGCAUUUGCUCCUCAUUUGAGUCUGGACCACAUGAAUGCUGUCAAAGAUGUAAAAGACUUAUUUGUGGACUUCCUCUCUGAUGAUGACGGAAACUUUUACCUGAGCUACAUUGACCCGGUGAUUAUUGGCAGAGGUGUGUUCAAUGUCACCAAUAACUCUAUAUGUGGAGUCAUGGGUUACAUACAAGGCACACUCUGUGUUCUAUUGGAUGCCAUAUUGGAUAUCUUGCAGGCCCUUAUCCAUGUAGUGAACAUCAAUGCAGAAGACAUAGUGCAUGUUAUCAAGGACUGUACAAGUUCUACUGGAACCUACAUUUGGGACCUGCUGCCAGGUAUCCCUCAAGAAGUGAACAUCGAUCCCAUACUGGUUCUCAGAAGAAUGUUUGGGAUUGUCAUUGAGCAGAAGAACAUGCUUGUGGACUAUGUCUCCAACUUGCUAAUAGGUGAUCAAGGGGUCAUUCCUGAGAUGAACUUUGACCCUAUGAAAGUGGUCACAGAUGCAGUGCUUGAGAUUGCAGAUGGGAAAAACAUGUUCAUGGAUUAUCUGUCCAACAUGCUUAUGGAUGAUAAAGAUGAACCUAGUACUAUACCAGCAUCUGUGAUGCAUGUGAUAAGGAAGAAAGGACAGUUUUUGCCACCCCUGGAAAAAGUUGCAGAAUUGAUAGGCACUACAAAGGACGGCGACCCUGCACCUGAAAUAUGCGUCACUCCAUUUGUGGCGGAGAAGGAUGAUGCUGUCAAAGAGGCUGAAGAAGAGCAGGGAGACAAGGACAGUACUGAUGACAGUUCAGAGGGGGUGAAGAAAUACACCACCCCAAAAAAGUUGUGGAUCCAAAAACAGAUGCUUAGAGUCAUGGGAUCUAAGGCCCACCUAAGAUCUGGAGAGGUACUUCCUAAGGAUAUGGAUGAAGACCAACAAGAUUGUGAUGUUGAAGAGCUUGACCAUGAACAAACAAUGGACGAUGAAGAAAUCAUGGAUAUUAGCAAGGACGGGGAGAAAGAAGAGAUGAAAGAGAAGGAUCAUCACUUAGACGUAGAUGAGGAGGAGGGUGAUACCCAUGAGGUUGACGUCAAAGAUCAUGGUGUUGAAGAUGAAGGCAUUUACAAUGAAAACAGUUCAAAGGGAGCCAUGACAUACACCACCAAAAGAAAUGUGCAGAUUCAAAAAACGAUGCUUAGAAAAGUGGAAUCUAGGGCCAAUAUUGAAGUUGGUGAUGAACAUCAUGAAUAUGAUGGAGAGGAGGAGGCAGAGGAAGACAUUCAUGAUGAGUAUAAACAUGAUGAUCACAGUGACAUUGACACUAAAGAUCAAGUUGUUGUUGAUGAUGAUCAUGAAGAAGCUGAAGCUGAUGAGGACAAUCAUGACACAGAUUACCUUGAUGUCAAAGAUCAAGAGGUUGAACAUGGAGAAGACAUUGACGAUGAGGACAGAUCAGAGGGGACCAAGACAUACGCCACCAAAAGAAAUGUGCUGAUGCAAAAACAGAUGGUCAGAAAAGUGGGAUCUAGGGCCAGUAUUGAAGUUGGUGAUGAACAUCAUGAAGAUGAUGGAGAGGAGGAAGAGGAGGAUGCAGAGGAAGACAUUGAUGAUGGGAAUAAAAAUGAUCACAGUGACCUUGAAAUUAAAGAUCAAGUUGUUAGUGACGAUGAUCAAGAAGAAUAUGAAGCUGAUAAGGACAAUCAUGAUACAGAUGACCUUGAUGUCAAAGAUCAAGAGGUUGGAAAUGGAGAAGACAUUGACGGUGAGGACAGUUCAGCGGGGGCCAAGACAUACACCACCAAAAUAAAUGUGCGAAUCCAAAAACAGACGGUUAGAAAAGUGGGAUCUAAGGCCCAUCUAAGAGCUGGAGAGGUACUUCCUAAGGAUAUGGAUAAAGACCAACAAGGUGGAGAUGUUGAAGAACUUGACCAUGAACAAACGAUGGAUGGUGAGGUAAUCAAUGUUGAUGGCCGCGAGGAGAAGAUGGAGAAAGAGGAGAAGGUUCAUCACUUAGAAGUAGAUGAAGAGGAGGGUGAUACCCAUGACGUCAAAGAUCAAGAUGUUGAAGAUGGAGAAGACAUUGACAAUGAAGACAGUUCAGUUGGAGCCAAGACAUACACCACCAAAAUAAAUGUGCCGAUCCAAAACCAGUUGUUUCGAGAAGUGGGAUCUAAUGCCAGUAUUGAACUUGGUGAUGAAGAUCAUGAAGAUUAUGUAAAAGAUGAGGAAGAAAAAGAGGAGUUGAAACAGUCAAUUUAUGAAUAUAUUGAUGUCAGUGGAGCUGUAAAGCUUGAUGUUCUUGAUGUAGUGGCUGACAUUGAAGAAAUGGCGCAACUUCCUGAUACUGAUGGAGAUUACUCUGAAAUCAUUGAUGAUGAUGAUGAUGAUGAUGAUGAUGAUGAUGAUGAUGAUGAUGAAAACAACAACAGUGAGAGGAAGAAAGCUGGUGUCAAAAGGAAGAUACAUGUUCCAAUUCCCUUUAAGAUGUUUAAAAGACUGGGAUCGAAGGCCCACCUUAAAGAUGAUGGGGAGCACGAGGAUAAAGAUGACCAAGACAAAGACAUCCAAUGUGCCAGAGUUCUCAGACAAUCCAAGGAGAGGCAAGCAAGAGAAGAAGUAGUAGAAGAGGUAGAAGUGGUCCUUAAAGCGAUGAGGGAUGCACAAUCCAUGAAAGAGGUAGAAAAUAAGAAAUUGGAGGACAAGACGGAAAAGAAAGAGGAGCAGGCCGAGGAGAAAGCAAAGCCUGAGGCAAUGCCCAGUGUGAAGAAAGCAGAGAAGACAGGACCCAAAGAAGAAGAGCCAAAAAAGAAGACUGCCAGAGAGGAGAAAGAGAUGAAAAAGGAGACAAAACAUUUGAAGAAGAAAGUCAUCCACGACUUUUUCAACAAGAAAGUUGUGGUGGAACCCAAAAAGAAGGUGGACAAAAAGGGGAAGGAGACAAAGAAGGAUGUUCAGUCAACUCUUUGGAAAUCUGACGAUGAAUCCGAGAACCCUGUCAAGGUGGUGAAGUCAGAAGAGUCCACCAUGAAAAAAGAACAUAUUAAUGUUAAUAAAGAAGAGCCCAGGGAAGCUAAGGAGCAAGCCAAACCAGAACCUACAAAAAAAGAAGCUGAAGUUUCCAAAGAAAAAACCAAAGCAGCUACAUCAAAGAAAGAUACUGGAGCAAAAGAAGAGGCCAAACUAACUCCAGCAAAGAAAGAUGCUGCAGCUAAAGAAAAGGUGAAAACAUCCCCUGCAAAGAAAGAGCCCAAGGAAACUAAGGGACAAGCCAAACCAGAACCUGCAAAAAAAGAUGCUGAAACAAAAGAAAAGGGCAAACUAGCUCCAGAAAAGAAAGGGAAAGCUAAACCAACUCCUGCAAAUGAAGAUGUUGCAGUUAUUAAAGAAAAGGUGAAAUCAGCACCUGCAAAGAAAGAAGCUGAAGUUCACAAAGAAAAUGCCAAAGCAGCUUCCUCAAAGAAAGAGUCCAAGGAAACUAAGGAACAAGCCAAACCAGAACCUACAAUAAAAGACAGUGAAGUUCCCAAAGAACAAACCAAAGCAGCUACAUCAAAGAAAGAUGCUGAAGCAAAAGAAAAGGCCAAUUUGGCUCCAGAAAAGAAAGAUGAUGCAGUUAUUAAAGAAAAGGUCAAAUCAGCCCCUGCAAAGAAAGAUGCUGCAGUUAUUAAAGAAAAGGUGAAAUCAGCCCCUGCAAAGAAAGAGUCCAAGGAAACUAAGGAACAAGCCAAACCAGAGCCUUCAAAAGAAGAUGCUGAAGCAAAAGAAAAGGCCAAAUUAGCUCCAGAAAAGAAAGGACUGUUGUACGUGAACUUAGAAGCUGAAGUUUCCAAAGAAAAAGCCAAAGUAACUCCUUCAAAUGAAGAUGAUGCGGUUAUUAAAGAAAAGGUCAAAUCAGCCCCUGCAAAGAAAGAUGCUGCAGUUAUUAAAGAAAAGGUGAAAUCAGCCCCUGCAAAGAAAGAAGCUGAAAUUCACAAAGAAAACGCCAAAGCAGUUUCAUCAAAGAAAGAGUCCAAGGAAACUAAGGAACAAGCCAAACCAGAGCCUUCAAAAGAAGAUGCUGAAGCAAAAGAAAAGGCCAAAUUAGCUCCAGAAAAGAAAGGACUGUUGUACGUGAACUUAGAAGCUGAAGUUUCCAAAGAAAAAGCCAAAGUAACUCCUUCAAAUGAAGAUGCUGCAGUUAUUAAAGAAAAGGUCAAAUCAGCCCCUGCAAAGAAAGAUGCUGCAGUUAUUAAAGAAAAGGUGAAAUCAGCCCCUGCAAAGAAAGAAGCUGAAAUUCACAAAGAAAACGCCAAAGCAGUUUCAUCAAAGAAAGAGUCCAAGGAAACUAAGGAACAAGCCAAACCAGAGCCUUCAAAAGAAGACAGUGAAGUUCCCAAAGAACAGACCAAAGCAGCUACAUCAAAGAAAGAUGCUGAAGCAAAAGAAAAGGCCAAAUUAGCUCCAGAAAAGAAAGAUGCUGCAGUUAUUAAAGAAAAGGUCAUAUCAGCCCCUGCAAAGAAAGAUGCUGCAGUUAUUAAAGAAAAGGUGAAAUCAGCCCCUGCAAAGAAAGAAGCUGAAAUUCACAAAGAAAACGCCAAAGCAGUUUCAUCAAAGAAAGAGUCCAAGGAAACUAAGGAACAAGCCAAACCAGAGCCUUCAAAAGAAGAUGCUGAAGCAAAAGAAAAGGCCAAAUUAGCUCCAGAAAAGAAAGGACUGUUGUACGUGAACUUAGAAGCUGAAGUUUCCAAAGAAAAAGCCAAAGUAACUCCUUCAAAUGAAGAUGCUGCAGUUAUUAAAGAAAAGGUCAAAUCAGCCCCUGCAAAGAAAGAUGCUGCAGUUAUUAAAGAAAAGGUGAAAUCAGCCCCUGCAAAGAAAGAAGCUGAAAUUCACAAAGAAAACGCCAAAGCAGUUUCAUCAAAGAAAGAGUCCAAGGAAACUAAGGAACAAGCCAAACCAGAGCCUUCAAAAGAAGAUGCUGAAGCAAAAGAAAAGGCCAAAUUAGCUCCAGAAAAGAAAGGACUGUUGUACGUGAACUUAGAAGCUGAAGUUUCCAAAGAAAAAGCCAAAGUAACUCCUUCAAAUGAAGAUGCUGCAGUUAUUAAAGAAAAGGUCAAAUCAGCCCCUGCAAAGAAAGAUGCUGCAGUUAUUAAAGAAAAGGUGAAAUCAGCCCCUGCAAAGAAAGAAGCUGAAAUUCACAAAGAAAACGCCAAAGCAGUUUCAUCAAAGAAAGAGUCCAAGGAAACUAAGGAACAAGCCAAACCAGAGCCUUCAAAAGAAGAUGCUGAAGCAAAAGAAAAGGCCAAAUUAGCUCCAGAAAAGAAAGGACUGUUGUACGUGAACUUAGAAGCUGAAGUUUCCAAAGAAAAAGCCAAAGUAACUCCUUCAAAUGAAGAUGCUGCAGUUAUUAAAGAAAAGGUCAAAUCAGCCCCUGCAAAGAAAGAUGCUGCAGUUAUUAAAGAAAAGGUGAAAUCAGCCCCUGCAAAGAAAGAAGCUGAAAUUCACAAAGAAAACGCCAAAGCAGUUUCAUCAAAGAAAGAGUCCAAGGAAACUAAGGAACAAGCCAAACCAGAGCCUUCAAAAGAAGAUGCUGAAGCAAAAGAAAAGGCCAAAUUAGCUCCAGAAAAGAAAGGACUGUUGUACGUGAACUUAGAAGCUGAAGUUUCCAAAGAAAAAGCCAAAGUAACUCCUUCAAAUGAAGAUGCUGCAGUUAUUAAAGAAAAGGUCAAAUCAGCCCCUGCAAAGAAAGAUGCUGCAGUUAUUAAAGAAAAGGUGAAAUCAGCCCCUGCAAAGAAAGAAGCUGAAAUUCACAAAGAAAACGCCAAAGCAGUUUCAUCAAAGAAAGAGUCCAAGGAAACUAAGGAACAAGCCAAACCAGAGCCUUCAAAAGAAGACAGUGAAGUUCCCAAAGAACAGACCAAAGCAGCUACAUCAAAGAAAGAUGCUGAAGCAAAAGAAAAGGCCAAAUUAGCUCCAGAAAAGAAAGAUGCUGCAGUUAUUAAAGAAAAGGUCAAAUCAGCCCCUGCAAAGAAAGAUGCUGAUGUUGUUAAAGAAAAGACGAGACCAGUUCCUGCAAAGAAAGUGAAAACUGUAAAAGAUGAGACAAAACCAGCACCAGCUAAGAAAGAGGCUGAAGUUGGCAAAGAAAAGUCCAAACCAACACCUGCAAAGAAAGUUCCUAUAGAAGAGAAUUUCAAGUCAACACCAGUAAAGAAAGAACUUGUUGCACCACUGGGGAAAGCACGACCAAACAUUGGAAUCAAAGAAUCUGAAGUCAUUCGCAGAAAUCACAGUCACAUAAAUUCUUCUCUUGCAAAGGAGAGAGUUAAAGCUGUACUUGUAAAGAAAGAACCUGCUCUGAAAGAGAAGGCCAUGCCAGCCCCUGCAAAGAAAGAACGUGAGGCUCCCAACCAGAAGGACAAACCAGUAUCUCAAAAGAAAGAACCUGAGGGUGUGAAAGAGAUAGACAAGCCAGACCCCCUUAAGAAAGAACCUGCUCUGAAAGAGAAGGUCAUGCCAGCCCCUGCAAAGAAAGAACGUGAGGCUCCCAACCAGAAGGACAAACCAGUAUCUCAAAAGAAAGGUACUGAUUCAAUUCAAGUUCCUGAGGCUCCCAAAGAAAAGGCCAAGCCAGCAGAUCCUACAAAAAAACCUGAGGGUGUGAAAGAGAUGGACAAACCAGACCCUCUUAAGAAAGAGCCUGAUGUGCCAAAGGAGAAUGCCAGACCUGUGAAAAAAGAUACUCCCAAAGAAAAGGCUUCCAAAUCAGUCCCUGUAAUGAAAGAAAAGUCUGCUGAGAAGAAGCCUGCCAAAGAAGAGAAAGCAAAGGCAGAGCCUGUUAUAACAGACCCCUUUGCCACAGAAGAUGAGAUGCCCUACUUCCAGUGCUUUUUUGUGGAUGAAGAUGAGGCCCAGUAUCCCUUCUACCCUUUCUCACCUCUCCAGAUGUGAGAGCCUUGCCCAGUGAAGAGCACAGUAUAGAAAGCAAUGGGACGAGAUGGGCUACACCUUUAGUGUGGAGUUCAUAAUAAAACCAAGCCAUGGAAUCCACUACUGCUAUGUUGCAGCCUAGCGUCCUGAGCUGGUCUUCAACAGAAACCUAGGACAGCAAAGCACUUUGAGUGAAUUCGUUGAGCUCUCAUGGGUAGCCAACAUCAUUCCUGUCCAAAUGUGUUUGUGUUAUAUUUUGUUUUUGAUAGCUGAUAUGGCAUGAGUUGAUCUAUAUCAGGACAUAAGUAUUUUGAAUGAAACAAUGCAUACUGUGUUUACAUCUGCAGGUUAGCCUUUUUUAGGGCCAUGCUAAUUUGCUUGAUUCAAUUCCCGCUUUGAUAGUUGUCAGUUUUCUCAAUUGAAUGGUAUAUUUAAACAAAUUUGAACACAGAUUGUACCGUUGGCUUUCAUACUUUUCAAAUUCUCAGUGCAGCGCAAGCAAUUUAUCUGUCUGUCAUCACAUUCAGUUGAAUUGGAACUGCAUAUGGAAGCCGAGCAGUGUUGGUCUAGAAUUUGGGGGAAGAGCUUGGUUGGGCUGGACUACAGACUGCUGCUCUGUUGCUGUGGACUCUGAAUUACGCUUUAUUUACAUGAACAUGGGCACUAUAUCAUUGCUCCCAUACUAAGACAUCAGUGGGUCGUUCCAUCUAAAAAAAUCACAAGAAAGAGGCUUUUGACACCCACCUUCUCAGAUUGUACUGAAAUUGUUUCUGUUAGAGAACAGAUAAGAUUAGUGUUCCUGCAACAAUAUUUUGUUGAAAUAUAAUUUGAUAUCUGAGAAAUUAAGCUAAUUGAUUCCACCCAAAUUGGCCAUUACAUUCAAUAAAUGUAGACCCUAACCUCCAGGAUUGCUUUUCUUAAGGAAUUCCUCCCCCACAUGUUAAAGGGACAGUUCACCUAAAUUACGUAAUUACAUUUGGUUUCCUUACCUGUUAGCAGUCUUUGAAGAAAUAAAUUAAACAGCCCAUGUGUUGGUUUUGUUGUCCACUGACUCAAAUGCAAACUGUUUUGCAUUUGUGACACAACUCCAAUGCAAGUCAAUGGUACCUGUAUUAGCAUUUUCAUGCUUCAUGUCCAAAUAAUUCUGAAGUAUUUAAAGCUGUUAUGUUACUGACAGAUGAUUUAUAGAUAUGAAGCUUGGAAAUGCUUAGGUACCAUUGACUUGCAUUGGAUUUGUGCCACAAAUGCUAAAAAGUUAGCAUUUCAAACACCGGCCAGAUUAACAAAACCAAAACAUGGGUUGCUGUCAUAACUUGCCCCUAAACUGCUUACAGGGUAAGGAAACAAUAUGUCAUUUGGGUGAACAAUCCCUUUAACACUGAGGGGAUUCUGAAAAAAAUAACUACAAGUAGGAACAGCACCAUCUAGUGGUCAGAACAUUGUAAUAUCAAGAUGUAGGAUGGGGCAUUAACCUAACUUAAAUUAUUAAUUUCUCUGAACAGGAAGAAAAAAACAUCACCAAAUUCACUGAGAAUACAUUACAUAGGAUGAAGAAAUAACACUGAGUCACAGCUCCAUACUAUUCAUCAAACAUAGAGAACUAAUACUGUAUUCUCUUUAUUAGGGUGGGAUUGGUGUGGGGUGUGUGGUGUCCGUGGGUGGCUUUUGAUAGUUUCUUUCGAUUCCUCAUGUUUUACUCCUUGUUAGAAAAAGGUUUGGUCCAAAUCCGAUGUUAGGUACUAUAUUUAUUGAAUAUUAUAUGAUUCAUAUAAUAUUCAAUAAUUAUACUACCUAACAUCGGAUUUGGACAAAAUGUUUUUCUAACAAGGAGUGAGACAUGAGGAAUCGAUAAAUUUAAAUGGGCAAUUUGUGUGCAAUCAAUUAGCGUAAGUACUCAGAUUAAAUUAUAUUUCAACAAAAUAAUAUUGCAGAAAUGCUAAUCUUAUCUGUUUCUAACUACAGAAAUGAAAUUAUUUCAGACCAAUCUGCGAUGCUGGGUGUCAUGGCUUGCUGAAAUGACAUACAACAACCUCAGUGGAUUUUUACCUUACUUUGUGAGACGUUUUUGUUUUUAAUGUUGCAUUUCUUGCCCUUCUGUUCACAAUGGUAACUCACAAUGAGAUAGUACUUCCAUUGUAGCUGAAUAUGUUUCCUCAUUGAUUUUCAGGCUACAUUGCUUUCUUCCAUUUUCUUCUAUUCCUCUUCAUCAGUCUGCGUUUGUUAACUUUGAGGAAGCAUAAAGUUUUUCAUCAAAUUCGUAGGGACCUCAUACUCACAUUAAAAAAAAUGAUGUUGGUG